ACUGUGUCAUCGGUGUCAUUAUUGAUAAUAAAAUCUAAUCUAGCUAAAUUGCAUUUAUUUCAGGAAUACUCCUGUAAUUCAUAUAAAUUUGAUUGUUAUUGUUAAAUUGUGCGCUCUUCGGGUAUUUGUUGAGAUUGGUCACGUACAAUCUCACCGUAUGUUUUGAUGGAGGUCAAUAAAGAUGAAUCAAAGCGGUGUAUAGAAAUUGCACUUGCAGCCUUCAGUGAGGGUAAUUUCGGGAAAGCAAAGAAGUUUCUUGAAAAAUCCCAAAAGCUGUACCCGUUGAAGGAAGCUGAAGUGUUAAGGAAGCGUAUACAGAACAUGUCGAAUUCGUCCUCAGCCAAUGCUCAUACGCAGGAUGGUACAACCCGUCGCAAAACUGCCCACAAAGAACAGGAACCGAAGCUGAACGUCGAUUACACUCAGGAACAGCUCGAUGCGGUGAAACGAAUCAAGAAGUGUAAAGAUUUCUACGAGGUUCUAGGUGUAACCAAAGAGGCAACCGAUUCAGAACUUAAGAAAGCAUAUAAAAAACUGGCGUUGCAACUUCAUCCAGAUAAAAACAAAGCACCUGGUUCGGUGGAAGCAUUCAAAGCUUUGGGUAAUGCCGUUGCAGUCUUGACUGAUGCCCAAAAGCGGAAGGAAUACGAUUUGUAUGGGAACCAGGAGAAUGUCAGUCACCAUCAUUCAAGUCACACGAAUGGCGGUGGUCAUAAUCAUAACCAUUAUGAGUACACUUUCGGCCGUGGUUUCGAGUCGGAUAUUAAUCCUAAUGAUUUGUUCAAUAUGUUCUUUGGGGGUGCAUUUCCGCCCCAGCAAACUCGUGGAAGGCAACGGUUUCAAUCCAAUGGUUCGAGUUCCGGAAGCCAGCCAAGUCUAAUCUUCGGCCUUGUUCUGUGUUUCGUUAUUGUAUCCAUGUUAUCUACUUUCUUCUCGUCGGAUCCACUUUACAGCUUGCAGCAAACGCCGAAAUAUGCCGUUGAACGUCGUACGCUGAAUUUCAAAAUUCCAUAUUUUGUUAAGGAUAAUUUCCUGAAUGAGUAUCAGGGCUCAUUAAGUCGGCUCGAGCACUCAGUUGAGGAGGAAUACAUUGUGUAUAUGAAGCGGUCAUGCUAUAAUGAGCGCAACUAUCGGGACGCAAUGAUGUCCAGAGCAAAGAGUUUCGGUAGUCGAACUCAGCUUAAUCAAGCUCAGCAGCUCAAGAUGCCCUCAUGUGACGCCCUCUAUAAGCUUGGUAUCGGAAGGGUGAAGUAUUAAACCUAAGGAUCUCUUGGUAGAUGUUUUAUCAGUUUUUAAUAAAAAAUAGAAGUAUUAUUUAUAUACACAGACUAAUCGAAGCUAGAGUCGCAAUGUUUUAAGGGGUAGCAACGGAUGUCUUUUGCAAAUGAUAUCUAUCAUUUUAUUAGUCUACGCAUUCCAAUCAAACAACACAUGCAAACUUUCCCUAUUGUAAAAGUUAUAGUUUUAUUGAUAAAAAGGUAUCUUGAAUAA